UUCACGCUCAAACUUUUUACUAUGAGAAUAAGUUUCACAAUUCUGCAAUUCCUCGUUUUUUGAGUGAUAGCUCACAAUAUCUCACCCUGCGCAACAUUAGCAAAGUUUUUUGUGUGAGACGGGACAUUUUUCUACCCCUCCUUCAUCAAAAAACUUACUACCCCUCAACACCAAGAAAUAUCAUCACCACUCUUUUUUUUUUCUUUUUUUUUUCACAUUCACCAACCACAGACCAAAACAAAAAUGUCAACCCACGACUCAGACAACGAGUCAGGCGGCGGCGGAGAGCUUGGGUUGUUUUCCGAACCAACAGAUUACUACCCUCCCUCCCCCCCACCAACAACAGAGACUUACACCACCGCGACGGGGGAGAUCAUAACCCUCCACCUCGUCGGGCACUCCCCCCUCGAAGCCCACCACCUAUGGAAUGGCUCAAGAGUCAUAUCCCAACUUUUCGAAUCAACCCCCACCACCACGGUGAAAAACCGCACAGUCUGCGAACUCGGCGCCGGCGCCGGCCUCCCCUCCCUCGUGGCCUCCAUGCUGGGUGCUUCCCUCGUCGUCUGCACUGACUUCCCCGACCCGGACCUCAUCGCCACCAUACAAAAAAACAUUGACGGGUGCCACCUCCUCCCCCACGACAACGACGAGCUCAACAUCGUCGCUGACGGUUUUGUCUGGGGCGCCUCCCCUUCCACGCUCCUCCGUCACUCCCCUAACGGGUUCGACGUCCUCAUCCUCGCCGAUUUGCUCUUCAGACACUCUGAGCACGGCAAUAUGAUCAAGACCAUCAGGGAGACUCUCAAGCGCACAAGAGAAGCAAAAGCCUAUGUCGUCUUUUGCAGCUACCGCCCCUGGCUGAGGGAGAAGGAUCUCAAGUUUUUUGACCUGUGCAGGGAGGAUGGGUUCGAGGUGGAACAAAUCUUGGAAAAGAAGAUGGACAAGAAGCUUUUUGAGGAGGAUCCGGGGGACGAGGAGAUCCUCAAGACGGUUACGGGGUGGGUAGUUAGUUGGCCUGAGAAGGAGUGGGUUGCGUGAGGGGAUGAGAAAAUGAAGAGGGUGCAAGUGGUAUAGUUGGAAAAAUAAAUAAAUAAAUAAUUGAAUGACAGGCCGAGUGAGAGAGGGGUAGGACGUGUGAGGAUCAUGAAUACCACAUACAUUAAGACAAUUCUUGGGUCAACAAUAUGUGACUCAACCCCAACGGGGUGAACAAGACACAUACAAUGUAUAUAUCAACACUCAAAGCUAUGCGCACAAAUUCAUUCAUCAUAACCCUUCCCAUUCCAU